CCGCCCGCGCUGCCUCCCUCCUGCAGACCCGGGAGGCGUGGGGCACACACGGACCCACCCCUGACUGGCGUGAGAGUUCCCGCUCUAGGCUUUGGAGAACACCGGGGGCGUCCGGAACGGGUGGCUCACCCCCGGUGCUAAUGGUUCCGGCCGCGCCGUCCCGCCCUUUGCUGGUUGCCUUGGGCUGCGCGCGCCUUGCACACGUCGCUAGGGCCUGGCUUCGGCCGCGAGUCCUUUCGCGCGGUGGUUGCUGCGGGGGGUAGGUGCUGGGGGCUGCCCGAGCAGCCUGGGGUCCCGGACUUCCGGGGUCCAGGCUGCAGAAAAGCUGGGGCCUCGGAAGCACCCGGGAAGGAAUCCAGGCGAUGAGGUUGCAGCCGACAAUCCGCUAGCCGAUAUGCUCAGCUGUAUUGAAUGUGGCUUACUUACGUCUGUGACUUCGGCUUUUGAAGCCUCGGUUUUGUCAUCCAUAGAAUGGACAUAACUAAAGCUACUUCGCAGAACUGUUAAGAGGAUUAAAUAGAACAAUGCUUGUAAAGCUAUUUGCACAAGGGAGCCCUGGAGGCAGCGCCUGGCAGGCAGAGCAAGCCUGGUAUCACCCGGGACCGUGGGCAGCCUGAAGACCCCCUGGAGGUGGCCGUCAGUGGGAUGCAGACCCUCCGCCUUCAGCACCGUUGCCGGAGUGGCUACCGCGUCCAGGCCAGGGUCUCAUACGUGGAUGAGACUUUGUUUGGCAGCCCUGCGGGUACCCGGCCCACACCACCAGAAUUGGACCCGCCUUGGGUGCAGAAGGCCGACAGAACCAGUCGAGCGGGCAAAGGCACACCGCAGGCCUUGAGGGCCAACAGGAGCUGUGAGACCACCUCCUCCAGGGUCAGCACCCCGACCCUCACACCAAGGAAGAAGAACAAAUACAGACUGAUCAGCCACACUCCUUCUUACUGUGACGAGUCGCUGUUCGGCUCCCGACCCGAGGGCACCAGCUGGGAGGACCCAUGGAUGGCGAAGGGGAAUGCUGCAAAACUCCAUGCUCUCUUCUGGACGCCCCCAGCCACCCCCAGGGGCAGCCACUCGCCCCGCCCCAGGGAGACCCCACUGUGUGCCACUCACCCAGCGGGUCCCUCCAACCUAGAGCCCCAGGUGGCGGCAGACGCCCGGAAGUCCUCCGUGAAUGGGUUCCACCCUCCACGCCCUCCGAGGCGAGAACGGUCCCAUUCCCUCACACACCUGAGCGUCCCCAGCACGGGGCGCCCGCCCGCCAGCGCCCUCCACGCCAAUGGGCCCCGGGAUCCCCGACCUUCCCCGGCGGGGGUGACCUUCCAGAGCCCCCUCGUGACUCCCAGGGCUCGCUCAGUCCGUGUUUCAGUGCCAGCUGCCCCCCAGCGAGGGGCGGCCACUCAGAAACCAAAGCCCCCUUGGAAAUGAGUUUCUUGGUUCUCAGGUUUGCCCGUGGGGUCACAGGGAGGGGCACGGUUUUGGAGGAGGCACUGGCUGGGGGCACCUCUGGGGCCACCAGGAUCUCCUAGGUAACCAGGAGGCAUCAGAGGAGUACUGGGGGGGAGGGGGUGCAGACACAGGGAGGGAAGGUCGUGCCUCUAUGCUGAACAUUGCCCGUUCCUCCUACCUUUACCCCAUCAUGUGGAUUUCACGGCCGCCCCUUAAGCUUCCUGUACUGGUGUCACCACGGCCACAGGCCGUAUGAGUGCCAACCCAGGGGCCCACCGCACCCGCCCCAUCACUCCCACAGUGUCUUGCCGCCAAAUGUGACCAAAUGGCACGAUUCCCAUCCUGGAAGGCCCCUUCUUCCUUCAGGCCAACCUUCUGCUCAGGAUGAGUUUCCAGCUGAGUCUAGAGUUUUCCCCGGCGAGUGUGGAGACCACAGGAAACAGAGGAUCUGCGUGACGUGCGGGUGGGCGUUUUGUAACUUUUAACGAUCAUGUAUUUGUUUCCGUGUAUUAAAUAGAUCAGUAGUGCAUCAGA